UGGGUCAGUAUGCCCGCCUAUGGGUGUGGCAAAUCAUGAGGCUGUCAAUGAAAAUGGACCUUUUCUCUCUCCUCAGAGCCUUUCUCUACCUUCUCUUCGGAUUCUUACUAGGCCUGAUGGUAUCCUGGGGUAUGAACUGCCUUGGCUCCGCCUCGGCCACCUGUGGUAGCAAUACGGUCUACGUAACACAUGAAAACAAGCUCUUAGUACAGAGUCUGAGGAGAGACAUGAUGAUACUGGAUCCACUGUAUGCAGGAGUAGUAACCAGUGGAGAUUUCCUUAGAACUAGAGCGCAUGCCGUCAAUAAGACAUGGGGAGGAAUGAUUGCGUCUAAUUUAGAGUUUUAUGUUGGAGAAGGUCAAGGAAUGGAGUCAUCCUUACCUCUGGUGAGGCUACCUGGCAUAGACGAUACCUACCCACCACAGAAGAAAGUCUAUGCAAUGUACAAGUACAUGUAUGAUAAUUACAUUGAUAGAUAUCACUGGUUCCUAAGAGCUGAUGAUGAUUUGUAUGUCAGGAUUCACGAGUUAAAAGACUUCCUUUCUAAACUAGACUCCUCUCAGCCCCUUUAUAUUGGCUCGCCUGGGAAAGGCCGAAAAGAGGAUUUAAAGCGCUUAAAGCUCCGCCCUUCUGAUGUUUUUUGUAUGGGAGGCCCUGGGAUGGUACUCAGCCGAGCAUUGCUAAGGAAACUGGGACCACACCUUCAAGAGUGCCUUACUAAUGUGGUAGUAUCCUAUAAUGAAGAUGUGGAGGUUGGUAGGUGUAUUAAUAGGAGACUAGGGAUAUACUGUACUAAAUCAAGGAAAAUGACUGAGCUAUUCUUUCACGAUUACAGUAAUGGAAAAGAUUUCUUUAGCAUGACGGGAACGUUAAGAAAGUUGAACAGAAGGAGUUUACUCAGAUUGAACAAAGUUAUAACAUUUCAUCCUCUAAAGCAAACCAAGAAAAUGUACAGUAUCCAUGAACACUUUGUGAAACUGCAUCUUGAGAGACUAAGAGCUCAAAUUAGCAAAUUAGAGAGCUCUAUUAAUGUAUAGCUAUUAGUAUUUAAGUAAUAAUAAUUAUUUUAUU